CGGAGCGCUAUCAAUCUGCUCGCAUCCUGCUGCAACCAGGAUGAGCCGCCACGACAACCUUCACUUCAAUUUCACGUCCAUUUAACCCCUAUCUCUGACCCACUGGCCGGCCACGAUCCAUGCUUUGCCUAUUUGAGAUGCGAUAUCGUUCUCCCUUUUUCCGGAGAAUAUCGUCCGUUACUCCCCACUGAAAGAGCAUGCCCGAGACGGGGGCGGCAGCAGCAGCCGCCGCUGCAGCCGCAAGCAGCUCUACCGACAACACCGAAGGCUCGCGGCACCGACACCGAUCGCAAGGAGAGGGAGAAAAGACAGACCAAAGCAGUGCUCCCCAGCAAACAUCCUCCGGUGUAUUGGAUAAGUUGUUUGGGAAGCGGCUGUUGCAGGCUGGGAGGCACAUGAUGUCCCAGAAGUCUUGGAUGAAGACUGUGCCCACAGAGAACUGUGACGUGCUCAUGACCUUCGCAGACACGACUGACGACCACACGUUGCUAUGGCUACUGAACCACAUCCGCCUGGGAAUCCCCGAACUCAUCAUCCAGAUCCGCCAUCAUAAACACACGCGCGUCUACGCUUUCUUCGUCACGGCAACUUAUGAGAACCUGCUACGGGGCGCGGAGGAGAUGGGACUGAGGAAGGCUGUGAAGCCCGAGUUCGGCAGCGGAACACGGAGCUUCUCCUGUGAGGAGGACUACAUCUAUGACAACAUAGAGAGCGAGCUCUGCUUCUUCACGUCACAGGAGAGGCAGAGCAUCAUUAAGUACUGGCUUGACAAUCUACGUGCCAAACAUGGAGAGGUGCUCCACAACAUCAACUUCCUGGAGGGACAGCCAAUCAUCCCAGAGCUGAGUGCCCGAGGGGUGAUCCAGCAGGUGUUCCCCCUCCAUGAACCCCGCAUCCUGAGCCAGCUGAUGAAGUCCUGGGUCCAGGCCGUCUGUGAGAAACAGCCUCUGGAUGACAUCUGCGACUACUUUGGGGUGAAGAUAGCCAUGUACUUUGCCUGGCUGGGCUUCUACACAACCUCCAUGCUGUAUCCUGCUGUCAUCGGCUUUGUGCUGUGGCUGCUCACCGAGUCUGACCAGACGAGCCGGGACAUCUGCUGCGUGGUCUUCGCCCUCUUCAACGUGGUGUGGGCCACCCUGUUCCUGGAGCGCUGGAAGAGGAGAGGGGCGGAGCUGGCGUACAAGUGGGGCACGCUGGACACGCCCUCGGAGGCCCUGGAGGAACCCCGGACGCAGUUUAGGGGGGUAAAGCGCUGCAGUCCCAUCACGGGCUGCGAGGAGUUCUACUACCCUCCCUGGAGGAGGCGUGUGUUCCGCUGGCUGGUCAGCCUGCCCAUCUGUCUCCUCUGCCUGUGCUUCGUCUUCCUGGCCAUGCUCAUCUGCUUCGAGCUCCAGGAGUUUGUGAUGGGUAUCAAGGAGAUGCCUCGACUGGCUCGCUUCAUCCCCAAAAUCAUGCUGGCCAUCACUGUGACUGCGUGUGACGAGGUGUACAGGAAGAUCGCCUGCUGGCUCAACGACAUGGAAAACUACAGACUCCAGAGUGCCUAUGAGAAAAAUCUCAUCAUCAAAAUGGUUCUUUUUCAGUUUGUAAAUUCUUAUCUCAGCCUUUUCUACAUUGGUUUCUACCUCAAAGACAUGGAACGUCUGAAAGAGCUGUUGCUGGUGUUCUCACUGGGCCAGAGCCUGUUGAGGCAGUUCAAGGACAAUGUGCUGCCUGUCCUCUUCCUCAAGAUCCAGCUCUUCUUCCUCGUCACCGUACCCUGGGUCUUCCGUGCCCUCUUCAAGUCCAAAAUGCUGGCUACUCUACUCAUCAUCCGGCAGUUCCUCCAGAACGUGAAGGAGGUGCUUCAGCCUUACCUGUACGAGCGCCACAAGCUGGGCGAGCUCACCCUGCGCGGCGUCUGGGACCUGCUCCUGUCCGCGCUGCUCAAGUACGGGCGCCUGGCCGCAGGAAAGGCCCAGGCUUCACCCACCGACCAAGCCAUGCCAGGCCCGGGCCUCAGGGGCACCAGGCCCGGGGUGGGCCAGCCGGAACGCAGGGAGAAGAAGUGUCUGAACGGAGGGUGCGGCGUUCCGGACGAGGACGAGGGCGAGAGGGACGAGGGGGACAGCGGGCGCUUCAGCGAGGGUGAGGAGGAGAGCCUGAUCGACUGCGGGCUGAAGCUGAGGAAGGUGAGCUUCAUCGAGAAGGUGGACAGGAAGUCGUCCGGCCCCGCCGGCCCCCCGGCGAUUGAGGACAGCUUCCUGGAUGAGGGCAGCCCCACCAUGGUGGAGAAGGGGAUGGACCCCUCGUCCAUGUUCGAGAUGUGCGACGACGACGACGAAAACGGGGCCGCCGAGACCAAGGAGGCGCCGUCGGGGGGCGGGGCGGGCGAGGGCGUGGCCGCCGCCCCCCCGCUGCCUUCUGGGCCGGAGGGCGCGGUGUCGCUGCGGCACCGGCGGAGGGGGCGGAGCCAGGAGAGGGCGGACUCUAGGACCAAGAGGGAGUCGUGGAUCGACCCUCCGGAGGAGCACUGCAGCACCACCCUCACUCAGGCGGAGAUGGAGAGCUGCAUGCAGACCUACGAGGACACCUUCCAAGACUACCAGGAGAUGUUCGUGCAGUUCGGAUACGUGGUCCUCUUCUCGUCCGCGUUCCCCCUGGCUGCCAUGUGCGCCCUCAUCAACAACAUCAUCGAGAUCCGCAGCGACGCCUUCAAGCUGUGCACGGGCCUGCAGAGGCCGUUCGGCCUCAGGGUGGAGAGCAUCGGCCAAUGGCAGACAGCCAUGGAGGCAAUGGGGCUGAUCGCCAUCAUAGUGAACUGUUACCUGAUUGGUCAGUGUGGCCAGCUGCAACGCCUCUUCCCCUGGCUCAGUCCGGAGAUGGCCAUCAUCUCCAUCGUCAUCCUGGAGCAUUUUGCCAUCCUGCUGAAGUACGUAAUCCACGUGGCGAUCCCAGACAUCCCCAGCUGGGUGGGGGAAGAGAUGGCCAAGUUGGAGUACCAGCGCAGGGAGGCCUUCAAGAGGCACGAGCGCCAGGCCCAGCAGCACUACCAGCAGCUGCAGAGGAGGAAGAGGGAGGAGGAGGAGCGUCAGAGGCAGGCGGAGCACCAGGCGCGCCGGGAGAGGGAGCGGGACGAGGGGAAGGGGGAGUCCUCGGGUGAGCACCACCACGACAAGGGCCACGGCGGGAAGUCUCGCUCCGGCGGCGGAGGAGGGGGAGGAGGUGGGGGUUCGGACAAACCCAAGAGGCCCAGCUCUCUCCUGGCCAACAACAAUGUGAUGAAGCUGAAGCAGAUCAUCCCCCUGCAGAGCAAGUUCUCCUCGGGCACGGCGCGCUCCCCUCAGUCGCCCACGGGAAACGAGCCCAAACUCCCGGGGUUCCUAAGCUUCAAGUUCCUCAAGUCGCCUGAGAACAAGAAAGAGGCGGCGGCCGCCGCUGCCGCCGCCACGGCAACCAGCGCGGCGGCGGCGGCCGGGGCUGGCUCUCAGGAGCGGUCCCAGUCGCCCAGCAAGGCCUUCAACCCCGGAAAACUGUUCAACUUCGGGAAGUCCGAGGGCGGGCCCUGCGUGAACGGGGCUCAGGUGUCCAAACAGGGCGAGGGCUCGCAGGGCUCCGACAAGCAGCCCUCCAAGGCCGACCUGAACGGGGUACCUGACGAGUUCCCCUCACCCGGGGGAGAGGCCGCGGAGAACGGGGCCUCCACGGACUCUGACCCCGCCGGCUCUAAAGCCUAGUCCCCAGAGGCCCGGAGGACACUUCGGUGAGAGCACAGACAGAUGAGACGGAGGGGUUGACUGUGCGGGAAGGCCGGGCCUCUCUUCCAUGCUGCUGUCUUGUAAGGAGGCCCGGUGUCUGAGAGGGGAGCAGGACUGACGAGAUGUUGAGAUGUGGGGGGUCUGAUUCGUGCUGAGAGCCGUGAAGGCUUUACGAGGAAACUGCAACUCCCCUAAACAAGCCCCCACGCAAAUGCAACGGUGCAUCGCACACAUACCGUCGCAAAAACACACACAGACACACACACACACACAACCCCUAACUCUCACACGCACACACACACACACAUUCUAAUCCCCUUCUAUCUGCAAUACAUAUAGAAAUGCAUGAGCUGCGUUUCGGAUACUUUUCAAGCCUUUAAAGGGGGAGAACGGUUUUUUUGUUUUCUUUUGGCCGGAAAAUUGUAAGCACUUUGGAGGCUCACCGUGGCAACACGGUGAGCCUGGGCUUGAGGGAGGACAAACACACACGCACACACACCCAGCGUGAGAGAGAGAGUCACAGUUUUUUGUUGUUGUUUUUUUACAUCAAGUACAUUGUGAGGCCCCGCUCCUUCCACACAGCUGGGCGAUACCUUGCUUGUUUAUACCCUGGAGGGGGUCUGGUCCCCCGUGGCUUUUAUAUCUGAGCGGAGGAGCUGAGCAAUAUCAAUCGGUGUCAGUUUUAACACGAGCUCUGAUGCAAAACACGAGUGAGGUCAUUUUCAUCCACACCCUGCGACGCGGCGAGCGCCAGUCUCGUUCGACGCCCCCCGGUGAAGUGGCGGUAUCAGACGAGCGGCAUGAUGCAAAGGGGAGAGACGCAGGAGGGGAAAGAAGGAGACGAUGAAGAGGGAGGGAUUCGAUUCGACGCCCGAGGGAAGUGUGUUUGUCAGGCAGAGGAUAGUCACGCUACAGCGCAGUGAGCGUUCUUCUGACGGAGAGGCUCGCUUGUUACACCCUGGGCCCCGUUCAAGCCUGCAGAGGGCUUUGAAACGCGUUCAUUCAUUUAGCAAACGCGUUGGUCAAAGACGACAAACGAGGAGGGUGGGAUUUGAGCCUGCGAUCUCUUGAUAUAGCGGGUGAGAUCUCUGCUGUUGAGCUACUGCGUAUCCGUUCCCUCGAGGAACAGUCAGGAACGGCUCCGUAGACUGAUGAGCAGGGAGGACACUUGCACUACAACCCGCCGCGGUCUGGAACGAAUGACGUUUCAAAGUGUCUGUUUAACAGCGGGAGCGUCCAGUGUUUAUGCAGGCCCACUCCUUCCUUAGAUGGACCUACGGUGUGAAACGCUCCCGGUGUUAAAUGAACACUUUGAAAUGUGUUGUGAGGGAGCGAUAUGGGGCGCCACCAGCCAACCUCAUGGCCAAUGAAAAUGCUGCAUUUCUGUUCAUCACAAGGCACAAGAAGGUGCGGUUCAUCUCAGCUGUUCCCAGUAGGGGGCCGUCAUUAGGCUGGGAGGUCAUCUUUUUAUUCGUUUGACCUUUCAGUCUUUUUUUUAUGUUUGGGAUAGUUGCUUUUUUAUUGAAUUGUUUGAUUAAUUUACCAAAGCAGCUCCUCUCUAACAACUCUUGCUGUCUGUCUGAUUUGAACAAAAACUGAAAUCAUAGUUGUUGUUUUUGUCGUUGUUGUGUUAUUUAUUUUUGUAAUUCAGAACAGCCAGCAGGUAGAGUCAGCUGGAUAGCAGGCUUUGAGUUCUCUAAAACGGGGACUAGGGCCUCCAAAGUUAUGCGUUAGGAACAGUUUGUAGCCAGGACCAUUGCUUAGCAAUCUAUUGUCACUAAUGGGCUUCAGGUGGGUCACAGCACUAAUAACUUUACAUUACAGAGAGAUUUUGCUCAGUAGUAGUCAGAUCCAUGAACUAUGCAUCUCCACACCCAUCUUCCUGACAACAAUCUUUGCAAUAAUGAAGUGAAUGUGUGACUGUUUUACCUUGGCCCCACCCCCUUGUGGCCCCGCCCCCCUUGUGGCCCCGCCCCCCUUGUGGCGCCGCCCCCCUUGCCUGUAUGCAUCUCCGCCUUACCGUAACCCUGACCUACGCUGCUACCCAGCUUUAAACACAUGACCUCUCCACCUGACCUCUGACCUCCUGACCUGACCUCGCCACUCCUUGUGGAUGGGCUCUGCUGUUAAUAAUGGACAUCCCAUCUUGACUGUCUGUACAGGCCUAAUCUGACACGCGUCAGUCAUGUGUAAGACGAAACAAAUUGGAAAUCUAAGAAGGCCUACCUGACAUAUCUGUGAACUCUGUCUCACUCGAGCUCAACCAUCUCUUUCAUGGCUUCUCUUUUAAUGGAUUUGCAGAUAGGUGGCGAGAACCUCCAUCUUUUAUGUUGAACGGAUUGGCCGGCUGAAAACAAGAGAAGGGAACCUUUCACUGUUGUGUAUCCCAUCCAUGUGCUUCAGCAAAGAGGAAAAUUACCUCCAUUCACAAUGGUCCUAAGGGAGUAUUAAGCUGUGUAUACGCCAUAAGAGCAGUUAUUUUUCGUGGGAAUUCAUCAUGUUUGCCUCACUUUGAGCUUAUUAAAGUGAUUUGUUGAUUGAAAAAAAUCGUAGAGAAGCCGUGGAAAGUUACUUACGCCAAAUGAAUAGAACGUCUUUUUUAUGUUUGUCAAAAAUCUUUCUUGUUGGCUGUUGGACGUCAUCGGUUAAAUGUUUUCAGUUGCUCUCUGGACAAGUUGAGGUUUUCAUGAGAAGCAGACUGAAUCCAACUGUUUGUGUGUCUGCAAGGUAAACUGGGUUGUACAAGGGUUUAUUUAGUUGUUUACUUUGGGGGUUGGAGGCUGUUGUGGAUGAUUAAACCUAUGGGGAGGGGGGCUGGGGGUAAUUGUAGUGUUCAACCCACAGUCUGAUGAAUGGAUAUGUAGAAUUGAAAUGCACACCUGCAGUUGUAGAAUCCUUCUCCUUUCCUCCCAACUAAAAUGAAAACAUUCAUGAACAUCUCACUGAGAAACAAACGUCAUACGCUCUUCCAGUGUACCACUGUACAUCAAAAAAGAAAAAAUAUGAUAUUGGGAAAUGGGAUUAUUUAUUUCUUUUAAUUUAUUUUGUCAUAUUUUUGUAAGAUCUGAAAUAGAUAAUAAAACAAUUUAAAACUUUAA